GGACGGCGCCGGGCGCUGCCCGGGGGAUUCGGGCCGGCUCGCGGGCGCUGCCAGUCUUGGGCGGCGGUGUCCGGCGCGCGGGCAGCCUGCUGGGCGGGCUGCGGAGUGAGCGGAGCGCGGGCAAGGUGGAGAGACGGAGCCGGCGAGCCACGGCAGCGACAGGUCCCGCUGCGGCUCUGGUCGGCGCCCCCACCCCCGCCAUUCGCCCGAGGCCCAGCGGGAGUGACCGCGGCCGCCUGAGCGGACGGCGGGACCCUCGGAGAGCCGGGCGGCGGCUGGACAGCCACGCCGCGGGCGGGUGCGAAACUUCGCCUUCCGGACCCGGGCGGCCGAGGUCGAGGACGCGAGUCGCAGGAGCCGAGCGCGGGACGCGGCGGGCGAUGUCGCCCGCUCACCUGGCGGCCGGGCCGGCGAGGAUAACGGCUGGUGGGUGUGGAUGGGCGUUCACCGUCCUCACCUGCAGGUCUGGGACCGGUGGCGGACGGGGAACCGCAUUGCCGCGUGCGGAGGGCGUCGGUGCGGCGCGGGCCCAACAGGUGGCCUGGGUCGUGCCACAGCCAGAGAAGUCACUUUAGGGCCCUUGCUGACUGCAGCCCUGGAACCUUACAAAACUCCUUCCGCCCCAUCGAUCGUCUGAAAAGGUGUGCUGGCCAUUGUGCACGACUCAGAAAACAGUACUGCAAAAAGGAAAAAACGGGGGGGGGAGGUAGCCGGUGUAGAUGGCUUUUUGUACUGAGGAGCCCCGAGGAGCGUCCCAGCCUCGUCCUAGAAGUGGGUUGUGCGGUGCUAGAUGUUUCCUACCUACGAAAGACAAUGACUACUGAUGAAGGUGCCAAGAACAAUGGAGAAAGUCCCACAGCCACUGUUGCUGAACAGGGAGAGGAUAUCACCUCGAAAAAAGACAGAGGAGUAUUGAAGAUUGUCAAAAGAGUGGGAAAUAGUGAGGAAACACCAAUGAUUGGUGACAAAGUUUAUGUCCAUUACAAAGGAAAGUUGUCAAAUGGGAAGAAGUUUGAUUCCAGUCACGACAGGAAUGAACCAUUUGUUUUUAGUCUUGGCAAAGGCCAGGUUAUCAAGGCAUGGGACAUCGGGGUGGCUACCAUGAAGAAAGGCGAGAUCUGCCACCUGCUGUGCAGGCCAGAGUAUGCAUAUGGCUCAGCUGGCAGCCUCCCUAAGAUCCCCUCCAAUGCAACUCUGUUUUUUGAGAUUGAGCUCCUUGAUUUCAAAGGAGAGGAUUUAUUUGAAGAUGCAGGCAUUAUCCGUAGAAUCAAACGGAAAGGAGAGGGGUACUCGAACCCAAAUGAAGGAGCAACAGUAGAAAUCCACCUGGAAGGCUGCUGUGGUGGAAGGAUGUUUGAUUGCAGAGAUGUGGUGUUCACUGUUGGUGAAGGAGAAGACCACGACAUUCCCAUUGGGAUUGACAAAGCCCUGGAGAAAAUGCAGAGGGAAGAGCAGUGUAUUUUAUACCUUGGACCACGAUAUGGUUUUGGAGAGGCAGGGAAGCCUAAAUUUGGCAUUGAACCCAAUGCUGAGCUUAUAUACGAAGUUACACUUAAGAGCUUCGAAAAGGCCAAAGAAUCCUGGGAGAUGGACACCAAAGAAAAACUGGAGCAGGCUGCCAUUGUCAAAGAGAAGGGAACUGUGUACUUCAAGGGAGGCAAGUACAUGCAGGCAGUGAUUCAGUAUGGGAAGAUAGUGUCCUGGCUAGAGAUGGAAUAUGGUUUAUCAGAGAAAGAAUCGAAAGCCUCUGAGUCGUUUCUGCUUGCUGCCUUUCUGAACCUGGCCAUGUGCUACCUGAAGCUCAGAGAAUAUACCAAAGCUGUGGAAUGCUGCGACAAGGCCCUUGGACUGGACAGUGCCAAUGAGAAAGGCUUGUACAGAAGGGGUGAAGCCCAGCUGCUCAUGAACGAAUUUGAGUCAGCCAAGGGUGACUUUGAGAAAGUGUUGGAGGUGAAUCCCCAGAACAAGGCGGCAAGAUUACAGAUAUCCAUGUGCCAGAAAAAGGCGAAGGAGCACAACGAGCGGGACCGCAGGAUCUACGCCAACAUGUUCAAGAAGUUUGCAGAGCAGGACGCAAAGGAAGAGGCCAGUAAAGCAAUGAACAAGAAGAGUUUAGAGGGGGUUGCCACUGAAAAAGGAGCAGAAAGUCAAGCAAUGGAGGAAGAGAAAGCUGAAGGCCAUGUAUGACGCCACGCCUCGGAGGGAAGGGAGUCCUGAUGAGCUCGGCCCCUCCUCAUUGGACUUUCACCCACCUCAGGACUAAACAGUGUUUAGUGUAAAGUUUGUUAUAGUCUAUAUGAUUCUGGAAGCAAAUGGCAAAACCAGUAGCUUCCCCAAAACGACCACCCUGCUGCUGCCCAGUGGGUUCAUGGAGGGGGUAAGCCUGGGACCACUCCAAAUGGAACAGAACAGAAAGGGCUGUUGGUGUGGAGAGACUGCGCCAAUAGCUUAAGUCCAGCUCAUUUCAGUUUGUGUCAGCUUUCAACACCCAACACAUUGUCCCUUGAUAAUCCUAACAAUUGGGGCUGUCUGCUAGGUUUUACAUUUGAACCUUAAUAGCACUGCAGAAACCUUUAAAAAAAAAAAAAAAAAACAAUGUAUUUUUCCUUUCCCACAGGCAGGU